GAGGCUCCCGCCAAGGAGGCGGAAACGGGGAAGGGAAAAAAGGAGAAGAAGGAAAAGUCGGCCGAGGGCAACCAAAAGCCGGUAAGUUUGGCUGACAAGUGGCGCAUAAUUUGGUUCGUAUUGAUUCAACAAACGCCACGAAUUGCCACGGCGACAGGCCGUCAAGCAAUCGGGCAGGGAAUGGCUUAAUGGCAUAAUCAUUUGUGGUUUUAUGGCUAACCGCGACGCACUCGACCCGACUCGAUUCCAUUAGUACCAGAAAAAUGGCAGCCGCUGCAGCAAAGAACUGGUCGGGUCUGGUGAAUCUUUGCUUGGGGCAGGAGCGUGAAAAGAGGCCAGCGAGCAGCCAGCGCGGAUCGCUGACCAAGUCGCACAUUGGCGUUCCCUUGGGCAUGGGGGCUCCGGCGGCCAAGCCCACCAUGCGGUUCAUGCCCACCUAUCGACUGGAGUCGAAGAAUCCGCUCAACAAGGAGCGCGUGGAGAACAUUAUCAAGGCGGUGAUGAAUCGGCACUACAACGAUGAGUACAUGUUCCAUCCCAAGCACUCUCUGCACAUGGCGGCUCAGGUCAGCGAGGAGAUCAAGAACCGGAUUAAGCUCGAUAACUACGACAGAUAUCGCUACAUAGUGCUGGUCACUGUGGGUGAGUUCCUGAUGCAGGGCCUCUACUCCAUGGUCAACUUCCUGUGGGAUGCUGAAAAAGACGGAUUUGUGACCUACAGCGUGGAGAGACCGUCGUACUUUGCGGUCUGCACCACCUUUUACCUGUACUACGAUUGAAAUCGGUAUUCGGGGGACUGGGCGCCUUCGAGUUGUUAUUAAAAUUGAAGUUAAUGUUA